AUGGAGGUGGUUGAAAUGCACGAAGACAGCCUAACCGUAUUAAGUUCCAACAAAUGCCGAGAAUACAACAAGGAUCUGCAGGAGGAGUCCACCAUUUGCGCAGGUUCCGUUGACAAAGACACAUGCUACGGCAACAGCGGUGGCGGCCUAUACUGUCGACUGCCUAAUUCUAAAAUCUGGUACAUCGCUGGCGUGACAAGUUUCGGAGAAACUGAUGGAUGCGGAAAACUUCCGGGACUCUACACAUCCGUCAUUGCUCAUACAGGCUGGGUUCAGCGAGUAAUCAGAGAGUCGACAUAG